UGCGACAUUCCGCGCUAUAAUUGUCGUACGCCGUGGACGUGGCCUAAAGGAUUCGUAUUUUGUCAUCCUUGUCAUCGAUGCACCGGGAGUACUGUCAAACAAUAGGAGGAAUUGUUGAAGUCGUUUCCAGCGAAUUGAUCGCGUCACGUUCGACAUGGGAGACGGCAAGGAGAGUGAGCGACAGCCGUUGCUGAAAAACGAGAAUGUCACGUACAGCUCCCACGGCAGCGAUGCUUUCGAAGAGUCCCAAUCCACCGUCAACACGGUGUCCACGAUCGGGCCGGAUGAGCUACCGCCGCCGUAUCAAUCCGCCACCCAGGGUGGCAUGCCGAUGGUCACUUGUAGGGUUUGUCAGGCGAUGAUAGAUAUCUCCGGGAAGAGAGACCAACACGUUGUCAAAUGUUGUCAGUGUAAUGAGGCUACACCAAUACGGAAUGCACCACCAGGGAAGAAGUACGUGCGGUGUCCAUGCAAUUGUCUGCUCAUAUGCAAAAGUUCUUCACAACGUAUUGCUUGUCCAAGGCCCAAUUGUAAACGUAUCAUUAAUCUGGCUCCGAGCCCUAUCACACCACCGGUACUAUCUAUGCCAGGCAUGUGUAGAGUAGGCUGUGCCCAUUGCCACGAUACAUUUUUGUUCAACACAUUAAAUAAUGCUCUAGCUCGAUGUCCACAUUGCCGUAAGAUAUCUUCAGUCGGUCCAGACUUUGCUAGAGGACGGGGAAUUGUAUUUAUCAUUGUUGGGAUUAUAACCUUAAUAAUUGCUAUAGCUGUAACGCUCGGAACAUACAGAUAUGUAAAGACGAAUGGCGGAAUUUAUGUAGCUUAUGUUGGUGCAUUUUUAUUGGCACUCUUGUGCUUGGGCCGCAGCAUUUAUUAUUGUACAAUGAAAAUCAGUUUGAUAGAGGGUCCCAUGUAGUCCCCCUAAAACGAUGAUUAUCAAUAACCAAUGAUAUAAAAGAAUCAAUCCCACUGAGAUAAAUGUCGCGCGUAUGAUCUAUUUAGAACAAAUGUUUAUAGUAAUAAUAUGACAUUUUAAGUCGUUUUAAGGCAGGAACGAUAGAUAUGUUAUACAUGGCCAUAUGCGCGUACGCAGCUCCGUAUUGUUUAUAAUAAUGCAUGUAUACAUUCUCAUAUAAUGUGCAUACGCAUAUGAACGUGUUUCGUGAUCAGGAAGAGAGCCGACGCUCGCGACGCUUUCCUCAGGUAAGAUAAGGAAUAUAGGAAAAUUUGGGGAGCCCGUAUUCUAUGAAGGAUUGUUCCUCUGCACUUUUAUAUACGCGAGUUAUAGGACCAAUAUAAUCGUAGGUUCCGACUUUUAUUUUCAAUCUGACUAGCAACACGCUCUAUAUAUACCUGCUUUCUUACAACACUUAUAAAGUGCACACAAAUAAAUUACAACUGCGUACAUGUUCAUAUUAUUUUAAACAUACGUGUAGGAUAAGUCUUAAAAAAAAAUUCACGCAUAGGUCUAUAUACAAGAAUCGUUUUCUUAAAUUCAUUUCUUACAUUCUAUAUGCAAGUAUUAUAUGUAUCGAAAAUAUAUAAGAUCGCAUUAUGUCAAAUAUAUAUAUAUAUAUAUUUCUGGAUUUAUAUUGUAGAUUUUGGCACAUGAAUGAAAUUACGUGGGGUAUAAACGCAUGAGUGUAUAUAUUAGCUAUAUUGGUAUUAAGUAAUGCUAGAAAUUUAAAUAUACGGUUAUUGUGUAAGGAAUGUUGCGCGACAUUUCUCAAAAAUUAUUGUAAUAACUUGCCGAACUUCACAGCUAAACAUUCAGAGUGUAAGGUACGUAAGUGUGACUUCGUCGGUUGUAAGAGUAAAAAUAUGUUACUUUUAGUGUACUAGUCUGCGCUUUUUUCUCUCCUAUGUCACGUAGACAUUUGCACUGCUCUUUUAAAUAGACAAAAUAUUAAACUA